AUGUGUUUCGAGAGUGUGAGUGCACAUUUAACAUUUUACAAUAAUGCAGUUGUUUUAAUUUUUUUUAACAAGUUAUUGAGAUCGAGUUGGAAUGAAGUUGCCCAUUCUAUCAUUCCUUCACUUUCUAUAAAACCUGGAUGUAUUUAUAUUCUGAUAGGACUAAAUUGGGGUGCACUAUCUCAGAAUAGCUCAAUGUAUAAUUUGAAGUAUACAUGCGAGCAUUAUUCGGAUGAAUUUGUGGCAAAUAGUGAAAUUUUGGAAUAUAUUCAUGGAAAGAAGUUUCUUGCAUAUGUUGAUUUGAAACCAAGAAGUGAGAAGGAAAUAUUUACAUUUAUGGAUUCGAUUGUUAAAUUGGUCGUUAUGAAAGAUAAGGGAUAUAAUUUAUUUGAAAAGGAUUUUCUUGCCAAAGUUGACGAUAUUUCUCGAUAG